AAAUAAAAAGUGAAAUAAUUUUAAUAUAUGGGAAGUUUUUUAUAAUGUAAUAUUUUUACGUUAUAAUAUAACAAUAUUAGUUUAACUAAAUAACACUUGUAGGUCAUCGUGAGCUUAGCUCAAAUGGUUGGAACAAUGCAUAAAAUACGUAAAGUCUGGGGUUUGAUUCCCGGCCACCACCUAAAAAAUAACGGUCUUAGGUUUGCUUCAAAGUUUUUCUUUUUCCACCAAAAGGUCAAACACAUAUUUUUCACGAGAUACAAAUUCCUUUCUUUGAGUGAGUUACCUCAAUUUUAAGAAAUGGAGUACUUCUUUCAUGGUCCUUCAUUUCAAACUCUAAUGAUAACUUAUUUUUGAGUCGUAGUCUCUCAGAUAAGUUAUUUUAUGUAGCUAUAAUAUCAUCAACAUAAACAAAAAGUUCAAUUAGUUUUUCUAGAUUCAUUACAAAUAUAAAGUGCGCUCAAGUUAAGAAUAGAAGAUUUUCUUUUUGCUAAUUCCUAAGCUUCAUUACAAUUAUGUUUCUCGUGAUAUCGGUUGAGCAUAUCAACGGGUCAUUAUAAAUUGGACAUGGCGUGUCUAAGUCUGGAGAAAUUGUGAGUUUGAAUCAACACUCUAGUAUAUAUCUCAAAUAACUUCACAGCUUUUUAUUAUCUCUAUUGUACUUACAGGACAUUGUUAUUCUCAUUUCACAUUCAUUUAUUGCAGGAAUUGAGUGGGAUUGUGGAUCAUUUUCUCGCUCUGAAGAGACUCGUGGUAAAGAAUAACUCCAAAGUAAUUUGUCUGAAUGAAUUAAAUGAACAUCAAAUGAACUUAGCUUUGAAAGUCAUUGAUUUGGAUGUUCUGCCUAUGAUGACAUGCCUUUUUGUGGGUCCCAACAGUUCGUUUUCCCUUCAAAACCUUACAGAAUUACAAAUCAAGCAAUGUGAAAAAUUGAAAAUUGUAUUCUCCACUUCUAUAAUAAGGUAUCUACCACAGUUGCUUACUUUGAGAAUUGAAGAAUGCAACGAGUUGAAGCAUAUUUUUGAAGAUGAUUUGGAGAAUACAGCAAAGACAUGCUUCCCAAAGUUAAAUACAAUUUUUGUAGUAAAGUGUAACAAGUUGAAAUAUGUGUUUCCAAUCUCCAUAUUUAGAGAGCUUCCCCAUUUAGUGGCUCUAGUGAUAAGAGAAGCAGAUGAGCUAGAGGAAAUAUUUGUAAGUGAAAGUGAUGAUCACAAAGUGGAGAUUCCAAAUCUAAAACUUGUAGUAUUUGAAAAUCUACCAAGCCUCAGUCAUGACCAGGGAAUUCAAUUUCAAGCUGUAAAACAUCGUUUCAUACUGAAUUGUCAAAAACUAUCUCUGACUUCAGCAUCAACACUAGACUUCGAAUAUGAUAUUUCUGAUUUAUUUAUUGGCAAGUUUGGCUAUGCCUAUGGCUAUGGUUGGGAAUUGGUUCAGUAUUGGAGAAUUCUGUAUCGACAAUUGAAAUGGAAGCAUAGGAGUCCGGAUCCACAGAUCCAUGAACUAUUGAUGAAGCAACUUCAUCAAUUUGGAGAAAUUGAUACUGCCGUCAAACCUUCUCAGGUUAGCGAAAUAAGUGUUCAAGAAGGAACUACAACAUCUAAUGCCAAGAGAAGAACGACAUCCUUACAGGAAUAUGGUGACGGCGAAAUGGCCAUAUCUUUUCCUCCAAUUUCCAUAACAAGGCCUCUUACCACUCAAGAAGUUCAUGUUAAUAACUUGCAGGAAACUAGUAACACUAUUGAUGAUGCUGUUAUAAAAGUAACCUCAAUUGUUGAGGAACAAUUUUCUAAGGAUGUUGAAUUUAGAGUUCCAGAAUCUAAGCUCUCUCCUAUCAUCCCUUCCCCUCAAGCAUUUCAAUCUCCUCCAAUGCUAUCCGGAGGGGACCCUUCUCAAAUCGAUGAAGAAUUAGAAGAUCUUGAUGACCAAAUGGACAUGAGUUAUUUUUCAUUGCUACUACAGAGACCAAUGAUAAAGUUUCUCGGAAUGAUGAUGCUUUCAAGAAAGUAUGCUCAAAUAUUGAGGAACAAUUUCCUAAGGUUGAUGAUAUCAUAGUUUUCAAAUCUAAGCCCUCUCCUUCGAUCACGACUUCUGUUGCAUCUCAAUUUCCUCCGGUGCCUUCUAAAGGGGUUCCUUCUCAAAAAGUAGAAGAUUUCAGUUCUUCUUUGCUUGUCAAGAGGGAGCUUGAGCAACUACUCUCCAAGAAGCAUUUGGAUUAUGAGAACGUGUCUUUGUUGACUGAUUUCUUUGUUAAACAUCCUUCUGUUCGUUUGAAGGACACUUCAUUGAGUAACAGAUACAAGGGUUAUGCCUACAAUUGCCUAGCUGAGCUAUUGAAAUUCCUCCAAACUCAUAGUGUGUUGGAUGUGUUAGGUUCAAGCCACUCUGAAUUUGUUGAGUUAUUACAAGAUGUGCGCAAAUUUGGUUUUGAUAAGGAAUGGUUGGAUGAUAUUGAAAAACGCGUUUUGUUGCCUGGUUUACAAGUCUCUCAAGAUGCAUUGCAAAAAUUGUUGGACUCAAAACACAUUUUGACUCAACAUGUGGAGGAUCUUAAGCAUCAAUUGUGUCACGACCCAAAAAUUCACAUUUGUGACCGGCGCACGAACUAGAACAUCCUAGUCCGGCAAGCCUAAUAACAACAGUUGACAAACUAUAAUUUAGAUAAAUUUCAAAUUUACUUUCACUUAAAA